AUGUCGGACCUGCAAAAGCUGAUUAGCCGGAGGAACGCCCUCAUGGCUCAAAUCAAUGAAGAGCUUUCAGUCGCGGACAACAUCAAAGAGCGGAAUCCGUCCCAAAGUGAGGUUAGGGACCGACUGAAUCAGCUAAACGAGCUUGCUGCUAGUUUUCGGGAAACGCAGAGCUCCAUCGAGGAGAAACAGGAGGACCCAGUAGCCACCGCAUCGGUGCAUUCGGUCAGGGAGGAGUUUUUCGGAAUGUUCUACAGAGUGAAGGAUAUUUUCGAAAGUCAUCUGGAUGAGGUUGGAUCUUCCGUGAGUCAGCAAACUGUUGCCAAUACGGCCGAUUGGAAGGAGGCACUUCAUCUGCUCAUCGAGACGCAGAGGAAGCUAUUGUUGGAUCAGGCGAUGACAGCAAAAACCGUCGAAAAUCUGUCGAAGUUUCCGAUAGCUGCAAUCAAACUUCCCGACGGAGAACAGGUGUCGAAUGCUGCACCCCAGUUGAAUGUUCGGUUGCCUGCCAUUCAGAUUCAGCCAUUCAAUGGUGAACGUAAACAGUGGAUGACGUUUAAGGACCUCUACGUGUCAACAAUCCACAAUCGGGCUGACAUUACAGAUGCGCUCAAAAUGCAAUACCUCUUUUCCUAUCUGGAUGGAGACGCCAAACGCUUAGUCAACAAGUUCCCUAUCUCGGGUGUGAAUUACGAUAAAGCGUGGGAGACACUGGUCAACCACUACGAUAAAAAGCGUUUCACAGUGUUCUCGUUGGUUCACGAAUUCAUGGCCCAACCGACCGUAACUCCAGCAUCGCCGCAGUCGUUGAGCAGACUAGUUACAACAUCGGACGAGAUUGUGCAACAGCUGGAUGCUUUGGGGCAGGAGUUCAAAAGCCGAGAUCCGUGGCUAAUCCAUCUCAUCCUGGAGAAGCUGGACAAGGACACACGAGCCAGUUGGUCUCAAGAAGUAGUGGAGAUUGAGAACCCAACAUUCGAGGAACUGCUGGAGUUUCUCAAAAAGCGCUGUGAGGUGAUCGAAACUUGUUCUGCGUUCGUGAAGAAACCAGUGAAUGAACCGAAGAAGGAAGUACAAAGAUCGGUGCCAAUCUCGACGAAGCUGAAGACGCUGUAUACGUCAACAACGGACAAAAAGUGCGCGAAGUGCUCCAGUGAGCACAAUACGUAUCAGUGUGAAGAAUUCAAAAAUAUGAGUGUGAAGGACAGACGUGAACUAGUGCAAAAGGCCAAACUGUGUUUCAAUUGCUUACGGCCAUUCCAUUCGGUGAAGUCGUGUACGUCGAAGUCUGUGUGCCACAACUCCGACUGCAAGCAACGGCACCAUACGCUGCUGUGUCCUGUGGUGAAGAAGGCUGAACAACCGGAAGCAGAACAACAAGAAGAUUCGGCGGUGGCCCCUGCAAAGGAAGAAAGUGCCAUUGUCUCACUGGCGGCGGAAGUUCCGGAGAACAAGCAAAAAUCUAUCCCGUUGCUGCCAACGGCUGUUGUCAAGGUGCAAAAGGUGGAUGGCGAUUUUAUGACAGCGAGAGUUCUCAUCGAUUCCGGUUCUCAAGCGUCGUUGGUGACAGAAUCCUGUGUCCGGAAAUUGCAACUACCACGACGGAACGGCAAGCUAGUAGUCAACGGUCUGGGUCAACAAGAGGUCGGAACGACACGCGGUGUGGUGACAUUGCGCCUUGCAUCUCGGUUCAAGGACACCCUAGUCUUGAACAUUGAGGCCUACGUUCUUGGCAAACUGACUACCACAAUACCGUCUCAGCCGUUCGAUGUGGAUAACAUGAAGCUUCUAAAUCAACUGGACGGGUUGGCGGAUCCGGAAUUCAAUCAACCAGGCGUGAUAGACAUCAUUCUGGGAGCAGACGUUUUUCUUGCACUCUUGGAGGGAGAUCAAGUCAAAAACGAGAGCGGCCAAACAGUGGCCCAACGGACGAUUUUCGGAUGGAUCGUAGCAGGCCGCUACGACGCUGCAGCUGUCAUUCAAUGCAACCACGCAAUUCUCAGCCUGCACGUCGAAAUGGAUUUGAACCGCACCUUGCAGCAAUUUUGGGAACAGGAGGAAAUGUUCAAGCCACCAUCGCUUACUCCUUCUGAGCAACUGGUUACUGAUUAUUUCAGUUCAACCCUGACACGAGAUGAUACUGGACGCUUCAUUGUCAGACUACCCUUUGAUAAUUCGAAGCCAGCGCUUGGCGAUUCUCUCGCUGUGGCCACGAAACGGCUCACAUGUAUCGAAAGACGAUUUCAUCUGGAUGCGGAGUUCAAGAAUCAAUACACUAACUUCAUGCGUGAAUAUUUGGAGCUCGGACAUAUGGAGGAGGUUCCGGUAGCCGAAGUUCAGAAGGUUAGCGGUGAGUGCUACUAUUUGCCGCACCACGCCGUAAUCAAGGAAGACAGCUCAACAACAAAACUGCGCGUUGUUUUUGACGCGUCUUGUGUGUCAUCAUCUGGAGUUUCGCUCAAUGACAGAUUGUUGGCCGGACCAAACAAUAACGCUGAUAUCUUCACAGUUUCGUUGCGGUUCCGUUCACAUCGUGUGGCUUUCCGUGCGGAUGUUGCCAAAUUUUACCGUCAAGUACUGGUACAUCCAGCGGACCGUGACUAUCUUCGUAUCGUCUUCCGUGAAGAACCCGAUCAGCCGUUGAAGCACUAUCGCCUUUGUACAGUGACGUACGGAACGAAAACAGCCCCGUAUUUGGCAAUCGAGGCCAUGAGAGAAUCAGCUAAGCCGUACGAAACCGUUUAUCCGGAAGCAGUGAAGCGGAUCAAGCUUGACUUUUACGUCGACGACUUCCUGUCCGGAGCAGACGACGAGGAACAAGCAAUCCGCCUGAAGCAGCAGGUGGUCGAAAUCUUAUCUUCAGCCGGGUUUGAACUAAGGAAGUGGUCGUCUAAUUGUGAGAAUCUUUUAUCCAACCACUCUUCGGACGAAGCACAACCCGUACAUAUGAAGCUUUCGGAUUACAACGAGGCAGUGAAGGCACUGGGCAUCCUGUGGUAUCCGUCUCGAGAUGAAUAUGGAUUCAAGGUUAGUUUUUCCCCGCACAGUGUCAACACUAAGCGCCAGAUGAUAUCAGAUUCGUCCAGAUUAUUCGAUCCGUUCGGAUGGUUGGCUCCUGUAAUAGUCAAAAUCAAAAUUCUCUAUCAACACCUCUGGCUUUUCGACAUCGCCUGGGACGACCCGUUGCCGUCAGCCGUCGAGCAAGAAUGGCAAGCAGUGAAGCAAAAUCUUCAUCUACUCGAGUCCAUCCGAAUUCCACGGUGUAUUUUUCCAAGCCGGGACCGUGUGCAGUUACAUGGUUUUUCGGACGCCUCCGAACAGGCAUACGCUGCGGUGGUGUACGCGAGAACAGUCGAUGAUCAAGGCAACGUUUCGGUGGUACUCAUUGCGGCUAAAUCUCGGGUGGCGCCAAUCAAGCAAGUGUCACUACCUCGUCUAGAGUUGAACGGAGCGCUGCUACUCACAGAGUUGAUGCGUCGGAUUACUGAAGCCUUGCCACACCAGCAGAUCGAACACUGGGCAUGGACAGAUUCGAGCAUCGUUCUGCAAUGGCUGUCUUCGCAUCCCCGAAGGUGGAAGACAUUUGUAGGAAACCGGACAUCUGCAAUUUUGGAUUACCUGCCACGAAGCUGCUGGAAUCACGUUUCUAGCAAGGAUAACCCUGCAGACGUUGCAUCGCGUGGACUAUCACCAGAUGAACUUGUCAACAAUCAGCUAUGGUUUCAAGGAGCACCGUGGCUGAAAGAAGAUGAAUCGGGUUGGAAGCGAAGCCCAGCACCACAAGUUGUCGACGAAGAUUCGUUGGAGGUCAAACCGAUCAAAUCGUUGUGUACACUGACGACGAAAAUAAUCAACUAUGAGGUUGAAAAGCAGCUAAUCGUUAAUUGUUCCAGCUUUUCACUUUUGGUUCGUUCCUUGGCAUGCGUGUACCGUGUGAUCUACAACUUCAAAUCCGUCGUACUCAAGCAAGGCACCAGCGAGCGACACAUUGGAGAGCUGACUUUGGACGAGCUAUAUCAAGCUAAGAUACAUCUGUUGCAAGCUGUGCAGCACGAGGUAUACGGCCAAGAGUUAGAUUUGCUGCGGAAGGGUAAGUGUCUCCAACCUAAGCAUAUCCUUUCGGCAUUGCAUCCCUUUUUGGAUUCAGAGGGAACCUUGCGUGUGGGCGGCCGUCUACAUAAUUCGGCCCAGCCAUACGAAGUAAAACAUCCAAUAAUCCUUCCACAAAAUCAUCGAGUUACGGAGCUACUAGUGCGCGAUCUGCAUUUGCGCAACCUUCACGCAGGAUCGUCUCUUCUGACUGCAAUUGUCCGUCAACAGUAUUGGAUAGUUGGUUGCCAGACGGUAGUUCGGAAAGUAGUGCAGGGAUGUAUGCGAUGUGUGCGACUCAAAGGCAAGACUGCUGGUCAAUUCAUGGGAACCCUUCCACCGGCAAGAGUGCUAGCCACAAGAGCCUUUUCACAUGUCGGCAUAGACUAUGCCGGUCCUUUGAAACUGAAGGCAACAUGCAUACGAGGAAUUAAGAUCACCAAGGGGUACAUUGUGGUGUUUGUGUGCCUCUCAACUCGAGCAGUUCAUCUCGAGGUAGCAAGCGAUCUCUCAUCGAACACGUUCCUUGGGUCUCUGAAGAGAUUCAUAUCCCGGCGUGGUUACCCUAUCGAAAUUCGAUCGGACAAUGGCACCAAUUUCAUUGGCGCCGAUCGUAUACUGCAGCAAUUCAUCGAACAGAUUAUGUCAAACAGUAAGGAUGCCAGCCGUUAUCUUUCUAAUUUGGGAAUCAAGUGGGUCUUUAACCCCCCAUCGGCGCCGCACAUGGGCGGUAUUUGGGAGGCUGCGGUACGCAGUGUCAAGAAGCAUCUGGUGGCAGAGUUGGGAGAAGGAGCAAUUACGUUUGAGGAUGUGUCUACAGUGCUGUGCCAGAUUGAAUCAUGCCUCAACUCGCGGCCUUUGUGCCCCUUGUCCAGUGACCCUGACUGCGCCGAGGCACUGACACCUGGUCAUUUUUUGAUCGGGCAGCCUAUGAACCUGGUUCCAGAACCCAACAUGAAGCAUCUACCGUCUAACCGCCUAGAUCGGUGGCAAGAAAUGCAGAGGCAUACCGUGAAUAUUUGGAACAGAUGGAAGGACGAAUACUUAGCAAGCUUGCAACUGCGUAGUAAGUGGCGUACUUCUCAACCAAAUAUCAACGUGGGUGAAUAA